GGGAGAGCGGGAGAGCGGGAGGUUGAUCAGCUCCCCUGUCUGAUGCCCGGGAGAUUGCUCGCCCCGACACUGCUCCUGCUGUUCAGGGCAUCUUUUGACCUCCAGCUGAAGACCGCUGACAAGCGGGGGAAGGCCGGGAAGUAGAGUGAAAUCUGGGAGCAGUUGUUUUCAUCGGAAACAAGAUGCAGAAGCAUCUUGCUGGUGCUCCAAAACCAUAAGGAUGGCAAAUUAUAGUGUGAUUUUUAGCAGGUGUAGCCCGUCGUGUGCUAUGGGAUGGAUGAAGUAGAACAAGAUAAGUAUGAGGCGAGGCUGAAGGAGGUGUUUGACAGCUUCGAUACCAUUGGCUGUGGGUCACUGGGCCGCGAGGAGCUGACUGACCUCUGUCAUAUGCUGCAGUUACAGGAAGUUGCUCCAGUGCUACUGCAGACUCUCCUUCAAGAAGAUCUCUCUGGCAGGGUGCAUUUUGAACAAUUUAAAGAGGCAUUGAUCUUUAUCUUGUCGACUACCAUUGAAGGGAAUUUCUCAGGGGAUGACAGUUAUCAAGAACUAGAUUCCGCUGAGGUACAGCCAAAGUAUGUCAAGGAUGGAAAACGAUAUGGACGAAGAACAGCGCCAGAAUUUCAGGACUCACUGGAGGAAGUCACUGGCACAGCACCAAAGUCUGAUGGAAGGCAGCCAGAGCACAAUCCUUCUGGGGAUGAUAUUGAGAACUGGAAAGCUUCCACUGAAAGGGAAGAAUACGAAGCUGAAGGUCAGUUGGGAUUUUGGAACCCGGAUGAUGUGACUACUUCUCAGAGUGUGUUUGGUGCUGGCCCCAAAUGGAUUGAAGAACGACUUCAAACAGUUUCUGAAGAGCUUGGAGUCACCAAAGACAGUUAUCUGAGCAGCAAAGAGUUGAUUUCCAUAUGUGAUCAAUGUGGGCUUCAGAAUGUAGAUGCAGAGGUCCUAGAUGACAUAUUUCAAAAUCUAGACGAAGAUGGAUUAAUGCGUCUUGGGGAUUUUCUUCAUGGAAUCUUAAAAAAAUCAGCACCUUCUUCUGCUUCUACUCCUUACAGGCAAUUAAAGAGACAUCAUUCCUUGCAGCCUUUCGAUGAGAGUGGACGCCGCACUGCUACACCCUCUGCCAUGACCAGUACAAUUAGUCUUCGUCUGUUUUCGUGUUUGGAUGAUGGGACAGGAUAUACCUCAGCAGAUCAGAUCUUGGAUGCCUGGCAAAAUGAAGGAAUUGAAAAUGGCCUCGAAAUUCUAAAGACCUUGGAUUUUGCUCUGUAUGGGAAGGUCAAUCUGUCAGAAUUUACCCUGGCUUUAGAGAACGAGCUCCUGAUAACAAAGAAUGGAAUCCACCAAGCUGUUCUGGCCAGCUUCAAAAAUGAGAUUAGACAUUUAAUGGAACGUGUUGAUCAAGUUUUAAGAGAAAAAGAAAAACUCCGAACAGAUUUAGAAAAAGCUGAGAAGUUGAAAAACCUAAUGGCUUCAGAGGUGGACGACCGCCAUGCUGCUAUCGAACAUCUCAAUGAAUGCAAUCUCCGUAAAUUGGAGCAAGAAUACAAGAACCGUCUCGCUGCUCUGAAGACAGAUCUAACCAAAGAAAAAGACCAGAUUUUUCAUCAGGCCAAUAAGCAAAGAAUAGAACUUGAAAAAGAGGUUGAAAAAGUGAAAGCAGAGGAAGGAUACAUCAGGGACCGACUUACACUAGCACUAAAGGAAAACAGUCGGCUAGAGAGAGAGCUUUUAGAAAAUUCGGAGAAGCUGUUUGAAUCUGAGAAACUAGCAAAGAAGCUGCAAAACAAUCUGGACACCAUUUUGAAAGAUAAGUUUGGAGACCUUGAUCCAACAACUGCUGAAUUCUUCUUGCAUGAGGAAAGAUUUGCACGAAUGCGAAAAGAAUAUGAACAGCAAUUUAGAGAGCUCCAGGACCGGAUUGAUGAGCUCCAAUCAGAAUUACAAGCAUAUCAGACACAAGGGAAAAGUUUUAAACAGUUGCUAAGAAGUUCUUUGUCUGAGGAAAUGGACAGCAAGAAUGAUAUAGGAGACUAUGAUCAAGCUUUUGAUCCCGAGGAAAGCAAUCCACUAAACAUGAGUUUGGAAGCAGAAAUGGCCAUUGAACAAAUUAAAGAACAACAUCAACAGGCAGUUCAUAAUUUGAAGGCUGAAUUAGAAGCAAAGAUAAAUUAUUAUGAGGUGCAAAUGGAAGAAUCAAAAGUAAAAUAUGAAGUAGAGAAAGAGGAUGUUAACCAGGUGCAUAGCAGAGAGAUUUCAAAAAUGCAAGAAGAAAUUAAAGAACUCAAAAGUCAUAUUUCAUAUCUUCAAGGAGAAAUUGAAACCCUUCAAAAGUUACAACAUUCCAUAGAAUGUAAACAUAGGCAAGAAAAGAAUGAACUGCUGGAUAAAUUUAAUGUAGAGAAAGCACAACUAGAGAAGCAGUUAAAGCAGGAACAUGAAGAAACAACCCGGAACAAAAUGGAAGAAGCAAGCCAAUCUUUCUACAAAGAGAAGGAAGAAUUGUUAGGUAAGCUGAGUAUCACUGAGGCACAGAUGGAAGCACAAAGAAGAGAACUGAAGGAAGCGUUUGUAAAGGAAAAAAUGGAGCUCAAGCAGGUCUACUCCAGACAAAUGUCUGAGAUUACAGAAAGCCUUCAACAAGAGAAAGAGGAGUUACAACAGAAUCUUCUACAUAAGAAGCAAAAUGAGCUGCUACAGCAAAGGAAAAGUAUAGAAGAUGAAUUUAACCAGAGGAUUUCUGAGAUGGAAGCCCAGUUUGCAAAGGAGCAGCAAACAUUCAAAGUUAAGCUCAAAGCAGAAACUUGUGAGCUUCAAGAAAAAUAUCAGCAAGAACUGCAGGAUCUUGAAAAGCAGCUUUAUGAAGAGAAAGGCCAGUGGGAAUUUGAAAAAGAGGAGCUUUUACAGGAAAAUGAAGAAGAAAAAGAAAAACUUAAGGCAAUGCUGAUAGAUGAGAAGGUUCUGUUUUCUCAAACUUCAGCUGAGGAGAGAGACAGAUUAGAGAAAACCUACAAAGAAGAAUUAAAUAAAUCAGCUUUUAAACAACAACAGCUUCAGAAGGAACUAGAAGAAUUAAAAGAUGAUGCCUCUAAAAAAGAGAGUAUUUUGACAAAUGAGAUUAUCAAUUUAAGGAAGGAAUUAGAAUUACAGAAGAAAGAACAAUUGGUUAUGUCUGCAGGGAAGGCAGAUCAGUCUAUGGCACAUUCUGAGAAGGUAGAAUCUGAGAAUGAGGAAAAAAUACUGAAAUUGGAGAAAGUCAAAUUGGAAGAAAAAAGUGGGAUGACUUCUAAUCAACUUGGGAUUUCACAGGAGGGAUCUGAAACAAUGAAAGAAUGUUUUUCUGAAGUCUCUGAUCCGCAAGAGAGAGACUUGGAAAAAAACAUAGACCCCUUUGGUGAGGAGCAGCAGGUUAAUAAUGAAUCAGAGGGAGAGAAUAUAAAGUUGGAAGGUAGAAUUUCUCAGUCGGGGGAGAUAGCUCAACUGAAAGAAGAAACGAUGCUUCUAUCAGAAGUAUUAGAUGAGGACAUUAGGAAGGAAACUGCAGAGUUAAGCACUGAAUUGUUGGAACAAAAGGAAAGUAUAGAGGAAUCAAAAGUUGAAACAGCAGACUGCUUCAGUCUGCAGGAAGCUAAUGACUUAUUUAAGAGAGAAAAGGUGGAAUUAAUGAAGGUAAACACUGAACUUCAAAAGAAGGUUGAGAUACUACAAGGUAAGGUUACAGCUCUUUCACAUUCAGAGGCUGUGUGUCAGCUUUCUGAGAAAGAAAUGAGAUUAGAAAAUUCCAAUCUGAAAGAGAGAAUAAAGGAACUAGAGGAUAAAGCAUUGGAUGUCUCAGAUUUGCAGAAAACAAUUGAGUUCUUUCAGAAUGAGAAGACUGAAAUUAUAAGCAGAAAGCUAGAACUUCAAGAAAAAGUUGAACAAUUACAAGAGCGAGUAGAAGUUCUUACAAGGGGGCAAGAAGAGUCUGAGAAAGAGUUGGUAGAAGCGAGGUCGCAAAUUGUAUCUUUGCAAGACAGUGAAGUGGCAUUGGAAGAAAAAACUUUGGAGCUCUCAAACUUACAAAAAUCUUUCGAGUUGUUUAAGAAUGAAAAAAUGGAAAUGGAGAAGGAAUGUGUAGAACUUAAAGAAAAAGGUGAACUGUUACAGGACAGAUUAAAGGCUCUUACAGAUUUAGAAAGAGCACACGAAGUAUCCAAGGAAGAAGUAGCAAGAUUAAAGGCCCUGAACACAGGUCUGCAAGAAAGAACCAAAUACCUGGAAGAGAAGGUUGUGUCCACUUCAGAACUCCACAAUCGAAGUUCUCAAAUUGAAAAGGAGAAUACUGAAUUAAAAGUUGUUGUCUCCACACUGCAAGAGCAACUUGAUCAGUUGCAUACUCGAAUGCAGAGUAGUGAAUCGGAAGUACUCGCCGAUAGGAGUGAUAUAUGGAAAGAUCAAAAGACCACACCAAAGGCGGACAAAGAAGACUAUCUGUCGAAGAUCCUAGAAAUGAAGAUCCUAGAAAUGAAUGAAGCACAACAGGAGUUAAUGCAACAAGUGGAGAUUUUGAAGGGAGACAAAAUAAAUGCUGAGAAAAUGAUAGAAGUUCUGAACAAGCAGGUGUUGGAGCUGACAUCCCAGAACCAGCAGCUGGACUCUGAGAAUGAGGACCUGUGCCACAAAAACUCAAAGAAUCAAGCUGAUGUACUGGAACUGAAGCAGAGAUUGGCUGAACUAAUUCGUCAGAAGGAGAAAAAGGCAGGGAAUUUGCAGAAACUGGAAGAUGAAAAAAAUUAUUUAAUGCAAGAAAAUGAAAAUAACCAAUUCUCCAAAUAUAACAAACUGGAAGAUGAAGUUACUGCUUUAAGACACAAAAAUGCAAAGUUGAUCAGAGAGAAAGAAACAUUGAAUGAUGAAGUGAACCGAUGCAUUGAAAAGAUUGCUAAAAUGAACAUUGUUGAGGUGCAGACUGAAAAUUUCAGACAAGAAUGGCAGAAUUCACUACAAGAAGUUCAAAGAUUAACUGCCCAGCUAACUGCAUCGCAAGAACAGGUACAGAAUCUGGAAGAAAGUUUACAAAAUUUCAACCUCCAGACAGCAAAACUGAAAUCAGACUUCCGGGUAGCUCAACAGGAAAAGGAGGCAUUGAAAAAAGAAGUGAUGUUGUUGCACAAACAGCUACAGACUACCAAAGACAAGAAUCAGGAGCUGGAGCUUAAUUUGCAAUCUGCAGAUUUUCAGCACCAGCAGAAAAAGUUCUACCAGGAUGAUCUGGCUCAGCUGGUGGAAGAAGAACAGAGAUUACUACGGGAGGAAAAUGAGAGGCUGCAGAAAGAGGAACAGCACAUAAAAGAAGAGCUGCACAUUGCCAGGGAGAAAAUCAAACAACUGGAAUCUGCAGUUUUAACACUGAAACACCAGAAACACUACACCAAGUCUACCUUGCUUAAAGUUGCUGAACAGGAAAAACUAUGCAUGAAGAGAGAAUACGAUCAGAUUCAGAAGGAUCUCGCCAGGAAGACAAGUCUGAUGUCCUCCCUUGAACAUGAACUGAAAGUCCUUAAUGUAGAAAAUGAGAUGCUGCGACAGAAACAAGCUACCCUAGAAAGCCAACUAUUGGAGACUAAUGAUAAGCUGCUACAAUCAAAUUCAAGCCUGACACUGAGCCAGACACAAAAUCUUCAAGAACUUCAACAAGUGCGGGAACGUAUCUGCUCCAUGGUGCCUAAAGAGCAGCUAGUGCAACUUCAGGAAUGGCUGAAUCUGAAGGAAGUUCAAUGUCAUCAACUGCAAGAUCAAUUGGAUGCAAAAGCUGCAGAAAGCAAUACUCAGCAGGAGGCAUAUGAACAAUUGCUAAAAAAGAUGGAGGAGAGGAUGCAAGAUGUUGAAAAUAAGUUAAGAAACCUUAAGUUGCUGCUCCAGGACAAAGUCUAUCAACUAAAGGAACAACUGUCAAAGAACAUUAAAGCAGAUGAAAUAGUAAAGGAUUUAUACAUUGAAAAUGCCCAACUCCUCAAGGCCCUUGAAAUGUCUGAACAAAGACAGAAGACAACCGAGAAGAAAAACUACCUGCUUGAAGAAAACAUUGCUGGCCUUAAUAAAAUAAUCAAGGACCUAUCUGCACCAUCGUUGUCUGCAACCUCGAAUUGUUAUUCAUCUUAAUGCUUUCUAUAAGUAAAGUACCAAGAGCUGCAGUACAAAGAAGGACAAAGCUUGAACACUAAUGCACUUUAUGGAUUGAAUAUUUAUUGAGUGCUUACAUUUUCCAGGACCCUACUCUGUUAAGGAUUACAGAAAGGAAAAGGCACUGAACAUUAUGUACAUAAUAAUGCCCUAGUGGCAGUUGUUUGGAAUACUUCAAUCUUCAUUAUUUAAUUUCCAAAGGAAAUUUUGCAUUCAGUGAUAAACUGACUCCGGAUAAAACUGCUGUCUGUAAGUGGGAUAUCUGGUUGCUUAGUUUUCGAACAUUUUAGGCCAAAGACUAAGUACUGUAACUGGGGAGAGAAGAGCCAAUCAAAAGCAACUGCUGUUUUACUAUGGGAGAAAAAAGUGUUUGUAAAUAUAGACAACUUUGCCUUUUGUUUUUAUCCAAAGUAUUAAUGGUGAUAAUUUAAAUGUAAAGUAUGCAUUUUUUAACUUAUACAGUUUGUAAAUGUGGUGCAAUGAAGACAUUAAUGUAUUCUUGAGAAAAAAAUGUAUGUAUUGAUAUUUAAAAUUAUACUAUGCAUAACAAUCAAAUCAAACCAGUUAAAGUAUUAAUGUUAACAUCUUCUGGAAAGCCCAUUAACAUGUAAAAUUUCAAUAAGUGUCAUAUUAUCUAAUAUUUAAUUUUGUACAAAAUAAAGAUUAUUGCAUACAGAAAACAAUAUUUCCUUCAUGCUGACUGGAACAAUGCAAAUAAGUUGUAAGUUAUGCAUUGCAAUUGAAUCCAUUCACGCAUUGCUAAAAAUCCAGUGCAUGUUCCUACAUGGUCUCACCAAAUUAAAACAGUAAUUAUUCUCAUGAAUGUAAUAUUGUUGUAAUGUAGAUAUAUAACAGCAAGCAUUCUUCAGGAUCACAAAAACCAACCUGAAUCUGUGUAGAACAUUUUUAAAUUAUGAAUAAACUCUU